AUGACAAAACGCAAAGGUGACGCGUUGAAUUUGUUAUGUGAGGAAUUUUCGAAUGACCAAGAUUUGAAGGUGCCUAAAUAUGAACCAGUUGAACCUGUUGAAUUAAAUAACGCUCUUUAUUUUACAAAGGUGGUUGGUCAUCCUCGUCGAUUUAGUCGAAAUGCUUUAUCUUUAUCAGAACUGUUAAAAUUAAUUGAUCCGAAAGCGUCAAUUCAUUUCAAUUUUAUGAUAGAUUUGCCAUGGCUUUUCGCACAAUAUCCUUCUCAAUCCGCGAGAAAUCCGUUAACUUUAAUCAUUGGUGAGGAUGGAAAUGAACGUAAACUUUUGAGGCAACAAGCAGUAGAAAUAAAAGCAGAAAAUAUCAAAAUUGGUUGUGCUAGAUUACCGAUUCCUUUCGGUACUCACCAUACAAAAUUAUCUAUUUUCGAAAGUAAUAAUGAAAAAAUACAUUUGAUUAUUUCCACAGCAAAUUUAUUAUCAAAUGAUUGGGAAGAUAAAACGCAAGCUUUUUAUCAUUGCAGUGGAGAAAUUAUGACAGAUAAUGAAGAAGGAAAAAAUGAUGAUGCUUUUCGUAAUGAAUUGCUGGAAUAUCUUAAUUUCUAUAAUAAUUCGAGAGAUUCGAAAUUAAUUGAACCAUGGCGUGAUUUAAUCAAAAAAGCAGAUUUUUCUGCUAUUAAAGCGCGAAUUAUUUUUUCUGUUCCUGGAUCACACAAGGGUUCGAACAAAGAAAAAUAUGGUCAUCUUCGUCUUCGAAAUGAGCUUAGAAACUUGAACUUGGUCAAUCCAACAUUUCACGCUCAGUUUAGCUCAAUAGGAUCAUUAGGUCCUAAACCUGAAUCAUGGUUAUGUGGUCAAUUUCUGACAAGUCUUUCGGGAGGAAAGAGUUGUGCGUCAUCAAAAUUAAAACUUAUAUAUCCUUGCGUGGAAGAUGUUCGAUGCUCUAUUGAAGGCUAUUUGGCAGGGGGUUCAUUACCUUAUCGAGCAGUCACUGCUACAAAACAAGAAUAUUUAAUAAAUUUUAUGUAUAAGUGGCGAAGUGAGAAAUUUGGUCGUACUCAUGUGAUGCCACAUAUCAAAAGCUAUUCAGCGUUUAAUGAAGAUUCGAGUAUUCCUUCUUGGAUGUUAAUUACAAGUGCUAAUCUUUCAAAGGCUGCCUGGGGUGAAUUGCAAAAGAAUGAAACACAGCUGACUAUUCGUUCCUAUGAACUUGGAAUAUUAUUGACAGAUGAUGCAUCAAUGGCUUUAUUACCUUAUGAUAUACCUCUUACAAAAUACGAGACGAAUGAUAAACCAUGGGUUUAUGAUUUGGCCUAUCAGAAAAAAGACAGAAAUGGAAUAUCAUGGCCGGUGGUUGAGCCUUCAACUAUCUUCGGUAUUCAUUUUUACAAUAUGGCUGAUGAUGUAGAAGAAAUUGUCCUAUCCCAUGGAGAUAUUUCUAUUUAUGCUUCCGAUUUGGAAACUCUUUUUGAAGGAAAUUGGUUAACUGAUCGCAUAUUGUCGUUCGCAAUUAAUUAUCUUUAUGAAACCAUGUUAAAUGACGAUGAAAAAGAAUCGGUUUUUAUUUUUCACGCGCCAUUAUGUCAAAUGUUGAAAUUUAUGGACUUCAACUCGAUAAUGUCUCUUUGCGAAAGUUUAUCAUGGAAUGAAAAAGAACAUCUAAUAUUCGUGCUAAAUGAUCACGAAGAUCCAUCUUCACCUGGUGGCUCACAUUGGUCCAUAUUGUUUUAUCGUUCUGGCAAUGAAUAUUUUUCACUAGUGGAUAGUUUAGUGAAGCCACAGUUAGAUACAGCCAAACAGAUGCUAAAGAUAAUGACAAGAUGUCUCGGAUUAGCUUGUGCCGAACUUGUCGUCGAGAAUUCUGCAAAACAACAAAAUGGGAGUGAUUGUGGAUUGUAUGCAAUUGAAUACGUCAGACUAUAUCUCUCUGCAAUAAGCGAGAAAAACAAGACUGUCAAUUAUGAAAAUUUAUCGGCUGAUGAAGUCGGUUUACGCCGCGAUGGAUGGCUGACUAUCAUUCGAAAUCUGAUAAAUGAAAAAAAAAGUGCUGCAUGUUCAUCUUGA